UUUGUGUUCCAGGUGGUUGCCUCUGGUAGGAGUGAGGCACCAGUGAUACCAGAGACCGCUGGUGGGUUCCGUCGUCUGCUUGACCCGUACGUGACCACCUACCGCCAGAAGCAUCGCCUGUAUACACCGGACGACCAGUACGGGAUCGGCGCAAAAGACCAUAUCACCUUUUAUGCAGAGUCUAACAUUCCUAAGGUUCGAGGAUUUGGUCCUAAGUUUAAAGAGAUAUGGAUGCCAUUGGAGGCUAAAGUUCACAGAGCUGUGUACGAUAGAAGUCACGUCAAAAAAGAGUACCAUGAAGUCGCGGCCUGCCACAACCCAGUCAAUAAUCUCAAAGGGGUCUUUCAGUCAGAAACGAAGAAGCAAUACACGCCACCGUUCGCGUCCCAACUCGCGUCUUGGAGUCAUGGAGAGGAAUACUUCCUGGCUCCAUAUCCCCCGAAUCCCUAUCAGACGAAUAUCGCUCCAUUCAUGUAUUGCAGCGACUAUUGUCAUAUCUCUCAGGGUACUAAGCCAUGCAUUGUCAUUGACCAACUGGCCCACGACAUGACACCCCAUAAGCUUUGCAAACAAAGAUUUAGCGUUUCUAGGGGCUGGUAA